AUUUGAGUCUCAUUCGGUCUGAAAAAUAAUCUCUGGUUUCUCGAACAGCGUGUCGUUUUCCGUUCCCGCCUACUUACAUUUCACUCCCUCCCUUCUCUCUCUCUCUCUCUCUCAAACUCCACCAUGGGAAACUCUUCCAAGGAUGAUUCCGCCAACUCCGCCGACGCUUCUCCCGGCGACGUUCCUUCCUCCGAUUCCAGAAUCUACUCCGCUGGCGAGAAAGUACUCGCAUAUCAUGGUCCUCGCAUCUACGAAGCAAAGGUGCAAAAGGCUGAGAUCCGAAAGAAUGAAUGGAAAUACUUCGUUCAUUACCUUGGCUGGAAUAAAAAUUGGGACGAAUGGGUAGGUGAGAGUCGUUUAAUGAAAAAUACUGACGAGAAUAUCGAGAAACAACAUGCCCUAGACAAAAAACAAGGUGUAGACAAGAAUGUUAGAUCUGGACGUUCUGCUCAAGCAAAGGCCAAAAGUUCUACAGAGGCUAAAGUGGAUAAAGAAGAAAUCAAGAAUAAUGUGUCAAAAGGAAAAAAACGAAAGAAUGAUUCAGGAGUUGAGAAGGGCAGUGGGAAUGCUGAAAAGCUUAUCAAAAUUCAAAUUCCUGCACCGUUAAAGAAACAACUUGUUGAUGACUGGGAGUUUGUUAAUCAGCAAGAUAAGCUUGUGAAACUUCCUCGUUCACCAACUGUUGAGGAAAUUCUGUCAAAGUACCUUGAAUACAAGUCAAAGAAAGAUGGCGUUGCUACUGAUUCAACACGGGAAGUUUUGAAAGGAAUAAGGCUUUAUUUUGAUAAAGCAUUGCCUAUGAUGCUCUUAUAUAAAAAAGAACGCAAGCAGUGUAGUGAAGCAGUCGGGGACAAUGCAUCUCCAUCAACUAUAUAUGGAGCUGAACAUUUAUUACGCCUCUUUGUGAAGUUACCUGAGCUUUUGUCAUAUGUGAACAUUGAAGACGAAACGUUAAAUCGCUUGCAGUUGAAACUACUCGACUUUCUCAAGUUUUUGCAGAAAAAUCAAAGCACUUUUUUUCUCUCAUCAUAUGGGGUAAAAGUCUCGGAAGGAAAAGGCAAGGGGAAGGAUCAAUGAGACACUGUUGAUUCCUAGUCUUUCUCAUCUGUAUUGUAUUCUUAAUGAUUUCUAUGUAUCUCUCCCUUGAAUAAUUCACCACAGGAACUAUGUUGUUGUAAUAACAAUAUUGACUCAUCCAUUCUUUUAUUUUUCAAGUUUACGCAAUAUUUGCAAAUCAAAACAUUUGAUGGCUCAAA